AUGACUACGUUCACUAUUCUAGCAGGCUUGUGCCUGGUGAUGUGCCAGCUGGCAACUGCCUCCAAGAUGGUGUGCUAUUUCACCAACUGGUCCCAGUACAGACCUGGGACUGGGAAAUACACCCCCCAAAAUGUGGACCCCUUUCUGUGCACCCACCUGAUUUAUGCUUUCUCCAUCAUCAACAACAAAAACGAGUUGAUUACCUAUGAAUGGAAUGACGAGACCCUGUACAAGACCUUCAACGGCCUGAAGAGCAAGAACCCCAGUCUGAAGACCUUACUGGCUGUUGGUGGAUGGAACUUUGGCUCAACUCAGUUCUCCAUCAUGGUGUCCACACCAACCAAUCGUCAAACGUUCAUCCAGUCCUCCAUAAAAUUUCUGAGAUCUCAUGGAUUUGAUGGUCUGGAUCUGGACUGGGAGUACCCUGGAUCUCGUGGAAGUCCCUCAGUUGACAAGAUGAGGUUCAGUCUGCUCUGCAGGGAACUUGUUGAAGCCUAUGCAGCUGAGGCCAAGGCCACCGGCCAACUUCAGCUCAUGGUAACGGCUGCAGUGCCUGCUGGAAAGGGAACUAUCGAUGCUGGAUAUGAGAUUGCUGAAAUCGCUAAGCAUCUGGACUUCAUCAAUGUGAUGACCUAUGACUUCCAUGGUGCUUGGGAGCGAUCCACCGGACACAACAGCCCACUGUACCGCGGCUCACAUGACAAGGGUGACCUCGUCUACUUCAACACUGACUUUGCCAUGAAAUACUGGAGAGACAAAGGCACCCCAGUGGAGAAGCUGAUGUUGGGAUUUGCUGCUUAUGGUCGUACCUUCCGUCUGACAUCAUCAAACACUGGUGUUGGAGCCCCAGCUAGCGGUGCUGCAUCAGCUGGCCCAUUCACACGUGAAGCUGGAUUCUGGUCCUACUAUGAGAUCUGCACCUUCCUGAAGGGUACCACCAUUCAGUGGAUUGAUGACCAGAAAGUUCCGUAUGCCAGCAAGAACAACGAGUGGGUGGGAUUUGACACCAGGGAGAGCUAUGAGAUCAAGGUCCAGUACAUGAAGGAUAUGAAAUAUGGCGGUGCCUUUGUGUGGGCCUUGGAUCUGGAUGACUUUAAAGGAGAGUUCUGUGGACAGGGAAGCCAUCCUCUGCUGUACCAUCUGCGCAAACUCAUCGAUGUUGAGAUGCCUCCACUUCCAUCAACCACAACCAAGAAACCUAGUGUUACUACCACAGCAUCAGCCACUACCACAACCUCAAAACCUGCUUUUACCACUGCGGGAUCAACCUCCACAGCCACCCCCAAACCCAGUGGUACCACCAUUGCUCCAUCCACCAAGACGACUAUCCCUAUCCCAGGAGGUGGCUUCUGCAAAGACAAGGCCAACGGCAUGUACCCCAACCCAGCUGACAAAGCCAGCUUCUACAUGUGUGCAGGAGGCCAAACCUAUCUGAGCAUGUGUGGAACUGGUACCAUCUUUAAUGACAGCUGCAAGUGCUGUGUGUGGCCCUGA